AUGACAAUUCAUCUAUCGGGAGUAGUAUUAGCGUGUUGCGGUAGUUGCGUUGCUCAAUUAAUUGCUAGUUUAACCGGUUUUGGUGCUGGUAUUAUAUUUCAAUGUUUAUGGAUGUUAUUAGGUGUAAUGAAAAUUCCUGAUUGCGGUGAUCUUAAAAUAAGUGUUGGUACAAUAAGUUUCAGUGGAGUAGUAGGAUCCAUACUGAUAAGUAUUAAUGCUUGUCAGAAUCAAUCAACAAUACAGUGGCCAGUUGUAUGUGCAAUAUUUCCUAGUUUUUUGUUAUUUCACUGGGUUGGCGUUUAUGCAUUAGCAAAAACAGAUCAAAUUAUCUUGAAGCGAUCAUUAGGGGUUACAUUUAUUUGUUUCGCCAUUUAUCAAUUAAUUCACAGGCUUUAUAACUAUUAUAAAACAUCUCGAGCAAACAAAUUAUUAAAACUGAAGCAACAAAAUGCAGCUGAGAAACAAAAGGAAGUAACUGUAAAUGAUGAUCUUAAUGAAAGUGAGCCACAAGUCUUACUUGAGCUGAUGCUACAAGCACCUUCUAGCGCAGAACAUGUCGCCACAAGUGAACUUCAAGUAACUUUAAGUAAAGAAACCGAAGCUGGUUCAGACCCACCAUUAUUAUCUACAACAUUAAAUGAACAGUUAAGUUCAACUUAUAUAGAUAUUAAUACUACUGCACUAAAUCACUCAGCAUUAUGUAAUUUACCUUUAAUUAACCCUGCUGUUACAAAAUUGAUGAAAUGUAAAUUAAAAGAAUUCCCAAUCACUAAGGAAAUGGCUAAUAUUUAUGAUAGUGAGGAACAACUGUCGCCUGAACUGAUGUUACAGAACAGUAACAUAUUACAUACUGAUUUAACCGGACUUGAGACAACAAUAACUAGAGAACCCGAAGCUGAUUUAGUGUCAGCAUUAUCGUCCACAAACCCAAUAACUGUAAUUUCAAUUAACGAGCCUUGUCCAGCUAAUGUGAAUAGUGAUCCUACUGUAUCAGGUCAUCAAAUACCACUAUCUGCUGUGCCAUUCAUUAGCUCCGGCAGUGAAGUGAUGAAAUUCGACUUACAUUUCAUAGGAGAUCUACAAGGAUCAUCGGGCAGUAAACUCAAAUGGUAUGACACAAUAUUAUCAGCUUUCAAGCAACCAUAUACUCUUUGGGGAAUUUUGGUUGGUUGUUGCGGAGGUGUAUUGAGCGGUGCAUUUGGUACUGGAGGACCACCAGUCAUGAUUUAUUUUACUUAUAUCGGAAGUAGUGGAACACAAAUUCGCAAUACAUAUACUAUAAUGACUUUGUUACUUUAUCCAAAUACAUUUUUAUCAAACUUUUUCUUUGAUAUUUAUAAGACUGCAUAUUGGCCAUUCUAUGUUUUUUGUCCAUUAACAGGUGUAAUUGGGUACAUAAUUGGUAAUUAUUAUCAUACACGAAUACAAACGAGCACUAUAGUAAUUAUAUUACAAUUAUUAAUCUUACUAUCUAGCAUUCCAUUAACUAAUCCUGGUAUUAGCAAUUCAUAUAGCAUAGUAAUGUUAGUAAUCUAUAUAAUAAUAUUACUAAUUGGUUUAUCACUUUUGAGUGUUUUGUUAUUAAAACGAUGGAAAGCGAAACAAGUAGAACAGAGUCAUUGA